UGUCAUCAAAGUUCCAGGCCUUGGUCAAGUUGCACAGCCCUGGGUUGCUGAGCUCUAAACUCUAAACCGUCUUCCCCCUAUUGGCCUGAUUGAUGUCACAGAGGACACAGGGUGGUUUUUUUUUGGCACAAUGAAAGCAUUGACCUGAGAAUGACACUGGCGUGUUAGUGUGUCAGCCAGCAAAGCGAGAUGAACCUUUGAAGAGCUCUGUCCUUACUGUGGAACCACUGCUGAACCUUUCACACAUUCCUGGCCUGAUUUAUCAUCAUUAACAACUUACAGAUUGAUCCUGAGGAAAUAUUUUGCUUUCUUUCUAAGGUUUUCCUUGUAAAUCUUAUCUGACUCCAAUGGAAGUGGAAUAGAGAUACAGACAAGGAUGAUUCCUGCUGUUAAAAUAUGUACAGUUUUGCUUUGGGAUGACGGAUAAUCAACUGAACGCAAACAUUAAUAUGGCUACUAGUGACCCAGACACUUACAGCGAACCCCAGCCCGGUGACCUGAUCGAGAUCUUUCGACCGGCCUAUCAGCACUGGGCCUUGUAUCUGGGAGAUGGAUACGUCAUCAAUCUUACACCAGUCGAUGAGAGCCAAGCAGCCGCCAGGUCCAGCGUGAAGUCAGUGUUCACUCGGAAGGCUGUGGUGCGAAUGCAGCUCCUGAAGGACGUUGUGGGGGAAGAUACGUUCCGUGUCAACAAUAAAUACGACAGCAGUCACACGCCUUUGCCUGUGUCUGAGAUUAUUGAGCAAGCACAGCUACUGAUUGGUCAGGAGGUGUCAUAUGACCUGUUGGGCAGCAACUGCGAGCACUUUGUCACCCUGCUGCGAUAUGGCAAGGGUUUAUCUGAGCAGGCAACGCGUGCUAUCGGGGCGAUAAGUUUGGUGACCGCAGCAGCGAGUGCCUUUUCUAUGCUUGGCCUCAUCAACAAUCGCAACAGGAACAGACCUUCCUGACAUCAUUGCAACUCACAAAUUCAAGCUUUUAAUUCUAUGCACAUAUCAUUUUUUAAUUCUAUUUAACCAGAGCUACUUAGUUUGUGCUUAUGAUUUAGGUUUUGUUCUUUGACACCGGGUGAGGAUUGUUUUGCUGAUAUAUAAAAACAUUUUUAUAUUAUGAGCAGUGUUGCUGAAGAACGAAUGAAUUACAUACAUUUCUCAUGCCUGUAAUUUCAGACUUUUUCCCAAAAUGCAUUGCUUACAGUCACCAUUUUAAUCCCAGGGAAACCCCAUAACAUCUGGACACAUUAAAAUGUGUUUUACUGCAA